AUGCGUCCCCUCCUCGCCCUCGCCGUGUGCGCCCUCCUCGCGGCGGGCGCGGCCGCCGCGGGGGAGGAUGCUGCGAACAGGACCAACAAGUUCCGCCAGCGCGAGGCCAGCGACGACAUGCUCGGCUACCCCCACCUUGAUGAAGAUGCAUUGUUGAGUACCAAGUGUCCAAAACACGUGGAGCUGAGAUGGCAGACCGAAGUUAGUUCCAGCAUUUAUGCAAGUCCGCUGAUUGCUGAUAUCAACAGUGAUGGAAAGUUGGAAGUAGUGGUGCCAUCGUUUGUCCAUUACUUAGAAGUGCUUGAAGGUUCCGAUGGAGACAAACUACCAGGAUGGCCUGCGUUUCACCAGUCAAAUGUUCAUUCAAGUCCUCUUCUCUAUGACAUUGACAAGGAUGGCACACGGGAAAUAGUGUUGGCUACUUACAACGGUGUAGUGAAUUUCUUCAGGAUAUCAGGUUAUCUGAUGAUGGACAAGCUAGAGGUACCUCGUAGGAAAGUUCGUAAAGAUUGGCACGUUGGGCUAAAUCCUGAUCCAGUAGACCGUUCCCACCCGGAUGUUGAUGACAGUUCAAUUGCGAAACAAGCUACUUCUGAGGAAUCUCACCCAAACAUUCAGGACAAAUCGGUUGGAGAUGAAUCUUCAAAGGAACCUCAGUCACGAAGUACAACCAACACACCACAGGGAGCUGAUCCCUUGAAACAUCCAUCUGAGCUACAGUCAGCCGAAACAAAACCUAAUCCUACCGCUGAAAAGGAGAAUCCAGAGUUGCCAAAACAUCCGAAAACCACGACAGAGAGUGCAUCACAUGCUCAGAGAAGGUUGCUUCAAACAGCAGAUAAAAGUGAUGAUCAAACGGGAAGUGCAGAAACUCAUGGAAGUGAUGCAGGAACAACAGGAGAAUCAACUGUUGAAAAUGACGAGCCUUUAGAGGAGGAAGCUAAUGCAUCAUUUGAUUUGUUUCGGGAUGCAGAAGAUCUCCCUGAAGAGUACAGUUAUGAUUAUGAUGAUUAUGUUAAUGAUACCUGGUGGGGAGACGAGGAUUGGAAAGAACAAGAGCAUGAGAAAGAGGAAGAUUAUGUGAGCAUAGAUGCUCACAUAUUGUCGACCCCAGUAAUUGCAGAUAUUGAUAAUGACGGUGUACAAGAAAUGGUUAUUGCUGUAUCUUACUUCUUUGACCGCGAGUAUUAUGAUAAUGCAGAGCAUUUAAAAGAGCUAGGAGGGAUUGACAUAGGAAAAUAUAUUGCAAGCAGUAUAGUUGUUUUUAACCUUGACACAAAACAAGUUAAAUGGACAGCAGAACUCGAUUUGAGUACCGAAAGCGGGAAAUUCCUUGCCCAUGCAUAUUCGUCUCCAACUGUGGUUGAUUUGGAUGGUGAUGGAAAUUUGGAUAUCCUUGUCGGAACUUCCUAUGGCUUGUUUUAUGUUCUUGAUCAUCACGGUAAGACUAGGAAAAAUUUCCCCCUUGAGAUGGCUGAGAUCCAUGCACCAGUCAUUGCAGCAGACAUCAAUGAUGAUGGUAAGAUCGAGAUGGUCACUGCUGAUGUGCAUGGUAAUGUAGCAGCUUGGACUGCAGAGGGAGACGAAAUCUGGGAGGUGCAUCUGAAGAGCCUUGUUCCACAGCGACCUACUGUCGGGGACGUCAAUGGAGAUGGCCACACUGAUGUUGUGGUCCCAACUGUAUCAGGAAACAUCUACGUUCUUAGUGGAAAGGAUGGCUCAAAAGUUCAGCCUUUCCCAUAUAGAACACAUGGAAGGAUCAUGAGUCCGGUCUUGUUAGUUGACAUGAGCAAACGUGGAGAAAAGACGCAAGGACUAACCCUUGCUACUACGUCCUUUGAUGGUUAUUUGUAUUUGAUCGAGGGCUCUAGUGGCUGUGCAGAUGUUGUCGACAUUGGAGAGACCUCGUACACUAUGGUUUUGGCUGACAAUGUGGAUGGCGGAGAUGACCUUGAUCUGAUUGUUACUACCAUGAAUGGCAAUGUCUUUUGCUUUUCCACUCCCUCACCGCACCAUCCUCUCAAGGAAUGGAGAUCAUCAAACCAAGGAAGGAAUAAUGCUGCAUAUAGGCACAACCGUCAAGGUAUUUAUGUUAAGCAUGGUUCCAGGACAUUCCGUGAUGAAGAGGGUAAACAUUUCUGGGUCGAAUUUGAGAUUGUAGACAAGUACAGGGUUCCCUAUGGGAAUCAAGCUCCUUACAAUGUCACGGUAACUCUACUCGUCCCUGGGAAUUACCAGGGAGACAGGCGUAUUGUGGUUAGUCAAGUCUACAAUGAACCAGGACACAAGCAGAUGCAGCUUCCUACCGUGCCCGUCAGAACCACAGGAACAGUGCUCGUGGAGAUGGUCGACAAACACGGGCUCCACUUUGCCGACGAGUACUCGCUCACCUUCCACGUGCACUACUUCAAGCUGCUGAAAUGGCUCGUGGUUCUGCCGAUGCUCGGGAUGUUCCUUGUCCUCGUCAUCCUACGACCCCAAGAAGGCGCACCGUUGCCGUCGUUUUCGCGGAACAACAUCGAUUAG